CCACACCAUAAAUACCAUAGUCUGGUGCAAAGUACCUAUGUGCAAGUGACUUUGAUCAGGUGUGCCGGAGGAGUGCAGGAGCAAAAACAUGAAGGUCUUAAUAUAUGUGUGUUUCAUCUUAUUUGUUACUAAUAAGGUAACUGGACAGACAUCAGAACCUGUGUGUUCUCGUGUAAUUGACUUUGGCCAAUGUUUGAACGACUGGACCUGUGAUACAAAAGUUAGUAGAUGUGCCUGUUUUGAAGGAGAACCAUAUUGUCGGUGCAAUAACCGAAAAGGUGAGUUUUACAUUGAUGAAGACUGUUCUCAGAGAUGGACAAUUGUGACCUUUGCCCUGGUGGCAUCUCUGCCUGGUGUCGCGCUUGCUGUGCUUGUGGGGAUUAUUGUUUUCUUGAUAAUGCUGUCAUCAAACACAAAGAACAACAAAGAAAAUAAAGUCAACACAGUUUCUCCCAAAGAGGAGGAUUUAUUUCCUGGAAUUACAUUCGCAUCUGAUCUGAAUGCUCGACCUGCCCCUAACAAUGUUCCCAUGCAAUCCAUGCCCAACCGUGGCAACAGUAUGUCCAUUGGGAUGCGUGAUCCCCCAACAGAAGGUCCUGCACAGCCCUAUAGCUCAUCCAAUAGUAUGCAGUCAUAUCCUAAUAGAACAACUGGUGGAAGACCCCAAGGACCAUACAAUAUAUCUGGUGGGACACGUGAUCCUCCUAUCGGGGGUCCUGCUCGACCCUUCAGCUAUUUAACGGGUCCUGGUGAGACGGUUAACAACCCUUAUGCUAGAGAUUAUUCACCCAGCCCAAACCCCUAUGACAACAGAGGUCCUUCUUCAGUUCACCGUAAUGAUUACAGACAUACUGCUCCUUCACAUCUAUAUGAGGAUGUGAUUCCGGAUUAUUCUACUGAUCGUAGAAACUCUCGUGGUGGAUUUCCACGACCCCAAGUAAAUCUACAAUACUAGACUUGACUAGCUGUUAAAAUCAUUUUGUGAUUAAAAACUGAGGAUUCUUCUCAAAUGUGUUUUAAAGUGAAAAUAAACAAAAAAUGUUUUUGAAUAUUA